AGUCGUCAUCGGAGCGCGGUUGUGUGUCGAGCAUCGCUUGGAAUCGAUCCGUGAUUGUGACCAACUGACUGGCUUAUCAUGUCGAUUUCAUAUUGCGCAAUUUUGUUGUUAGCUUUCACGAUUUGCGGAAGCAUUUCUACACCGGAAGUCGAUCAAAACAACGCUGGGGUGGCUUCCAUAUGUCCACCCGAUCACUAUCUGUACAAUAAUUUGUGCUACAGAAACAACAGAUGCCCAGUGGGCUACUAUCUCGGUUCGGAUGGCAUGUGCUAUAUAAUCGAGCCAAAACCUUGCCCUGCUGACUCAACAACCACAACAACAACAACGACGGAGGCUCCAUCAAACACUGAAGUGCCUAUCACAACAGAAGAGCCCACCACAACUGAAGAAUCGACCACAACCACAACAGAAGAACCCAUUACAACGGAAGAACCCACCACGACAGAGGAAUCCACGACCACAACGACAACAGAAGUGCCCACAACAAGCACAACUGAAGAACCCACCACAUCUACCACAGAGGACCCUAUCAUCCUCACAACGACUGAAGAAACAAUCAUUGCCCCCGCUGAGCAGGUUCGCUGUCCACACGGCUCCAUUUUUAUGAACGAGCAGUGCCGCAAGAUUAUCUGCACCCAGGGAGAAUAUUUUGAAGGCCGUUGCUUAUCACCUGCCUGUCCAGUGGGAACUGUGUGGCGCAACAAGCAAUGUUUGGAACCGGGCUACAUUACAACAAUACUGGAGAUCGAUAAUGUGGUGAAAAAUUCGCAUGUAUAUCGCACUAACACUGAAAAUAUUCAUCGUGUUGAGUAUGAGACCGUUAAACCCUACGAUCCAAGCAGUGACUUCAACUUCGAUACAACCACAACAUCGAAGCCAGUAGUACAAAAAACAACCACAUCGUCACCACUACCGCCGCCGCCAGCGCCCUUGACUAAGGAGCCCUAUCCAGGUGAGGUGCCGCCGGACGGUUGCUGUCUGGUGAAAAGUCCACGGUUCUGUCGACCAUAUCCACCCACCUGGGUGUGCAUCAAUCAUAGUAAAAAGAUUUGUGAUGCCAGAAUCUGCACACGACCUUUGAUCUACCUAAAACCGCCACAGGUUGUUGAGCUCACAAAUCCACCGUUGUUGGUGAUGCCUCCCACUCCACCAUUGUCAGCAUGCGCGACUCCCGACUGUCAGGAAAGUGACUUACUAAAUUGCUCGGGCUGCGCGCUGGGAAAACGAGAGUCUUGCUCCACGGGAUGCUAUAAUUAUUACUGUCCCAAUGGUAAUUGCGCGCUUAAGAAGUCAGAAGAGUUUUGUGCAUUAUACCCAGGAGGCUUUGGUUGUAACCAUCUUGAUGGUUGCAUUUGGGACUGGUGCACUGAGAAGUGUCAUUGAAAUGUACUUAUAUUUUCCCUUUUUUAAUGUAAUACAUUACUCAAUUUAACAAUAAUGAUAAUUGCAACCAAUUUCAGU